GCCGCCUACCAUCCCGCGCCACGGCCGCUCUCGUGACUACAUGCCUAGUCUUUUUCAACGUGCGCUGGGAGCUAAUCGCUUAGGGUGGUCCGACCGCACGAUAAUUUUUGAACUUCUUGGGAGAAGAUAAGGUGGUGCGCGGAGCGAUUGGUGGCCUGACCUCGUAAGGACAAAAACGCACACACCUGGGUCAUUAGGCACAGCCUUGCCGGAAUGACAAAACUUCGACUGAACCACUUGGGGAUUAUCUGAUGAUUGAGCGACUAUUCCUUUAGAGCACCCACCUACAGGCCACUUUCACCACGCUAUUUAAGUGUACUCAACGCCUCCUUCUUGGUUCCAUCACGUCGAACCCCGAAUCCAGUAUCCUUAGAGGAUGGACUCGACUGGUCAUACACAAAGAUCUCUUCUCGAUCCUACUCUUCUCAAUCAAAGGGAAUCCCAAUAUGCUAUCCCUGAGCUACAUACAGGUGCCUUAGAAACCUUUGAUCGCCCAACCAUCCUGGGUCCAGAAGCUUCUCCAAUCGAUUUCCAUAGUCUCGGUCCAUUAGAGCCUCAAUAUGCCAUCCAGCGGUUCCCAGCACAUUCUUCGGUCUUUCACGAUAGCCUGACAUAUGGAGACAUGCAAAUGCCUACUACUGAUUUCAGCACUGUUGGUAACAUACAGACCCAAGAGGUCCCUACUAUCACGGAGGAUAUACUGGACCGUUGGAGUUACAUCGCGACAAUUGGGGAUACGAUGGAGUGGGAGCCUGAUCCGCCACCGAAACGAAAAAGGAUCCACCGGAGCUUUUCCUCCUCUUCUGAAAUGACUGCACAAGUCCGGAAAAUAGCAGCUUGUAUGAGGUGCCGUACGCAGAGAAUACGGUGUCACACUAACCCAGAAAACGUUUACGGCGAAUGUCUCACAUGCGAGCAAAUUUCAUCCAAGUCUUUCUUCAAACUCCCGUGCCUACGGUAUACAGUCAGCGACUCCCAUUUAUCGUGGGCGGCCAAAGAUCCCCCAGCCGAUGUCCUUGUACUCGCUCAAGACUCUCGCUCGCUGAGUCGGUAUAUCGCUGAGUCUUCGACGGACUAUGUAAAUACAUUCAUGAAGGCAAAGGACAGCAUUACCCGAGCUGUAUUCUCAUUAGCAUGUGGUCGAUGGGCUCCGGCAACCGAAAGUCUAGUGCAAGUUUCGCUGCGUUUAUGGACUGUCACCCGUCUUACUGAAGGCAAUCACUCCAAUGACGACACCCUAGUGGAGAAUGCGACACCGGUACCAGGGGCGCAAGAGGCGGAACCUAUGGUUGAGGACAUUGAUACGUUGACUUGCAAUGAGGUUCUUGAUAAACAGACCCAGAAACUCGUCCUAGCUACAGGGAAGCAGCUACAGACUCUGCAUCAGCAGAACCGUCCAGAGAAUUGGCUAGCUCUGUUCAUUACAUCUUAUGUUCUGCUCCAUAAUCUUGAAGCAAUAAUUAAGAGAGAGAGGGAUCAUGCACGUCGCAUUCGUCACAAACGAUGUUAUUCAGACAUAGAAGUCAUAAACGGUUGCCAUAUUAGCUCGAAGACAAUUCUCGCAUAUUUCCAUUAUUGCUGUAAAGGCACAGAUCCUUUCUCCGACGCGAAAUUAUUUGAAAAUGUCAAAACGCUCAGCGUAAAGGAACGUGCUUUUAUGGAUUUCCUUGCGGCAGAACUUCGAACCAAAAGAGAAGAACUUGUUGCUGUCUCUAAUUCGCACGAGUAUGAUCAGGACUUUUGGUUGAUUGGUCAGCUGUUUGAUAAGAGGUGGGCGCCGAGGACAACGUUGGAAACUGCAUUGCCCCAGACUACUUGCUGAAGGGGACUUGUGCCCUUCUCUGACACUGGAGCAGAGUAUCUACAGCUUAGUAUGUAUUGUGCCAUAAUUCUCGACCAUUUGACUUGUUCUAUACUAUAAC